AUGACAACACCACUCGAUGAGGGAAAACUACCCUCAAAGGAAGAGUUUUAUGAUAAGUUCGAAAAGGCCGAUGAGAAUGAAUGUACCUUCCUUAGUGGACAGACCGUUUCAUUAGGGACUCAAUUAGAGAGUACACUGAGGAGUAAUUACCCCGACACCAUUGGUUCAAAGGAUCAAAUUUUGCAUGCCUAUUGUUAUGCACGUAACGACAAAACAGGUGGAAGCUCUGAAAUUCAACGUUGUACUUUCUUUUAUUAUUGGUUGGGAGAUUUAUUCUUCAAGAAUCAAAGUAAUGAGAAAUUAAAAGAAUUCGUAGAAAAAAUUUUCUCGGCACUACAAGAAACUUCUUACGAAGGUAACUGUAAGGUUAAUUACGAAGGUGUUGACAAACUGCUGUUCGAUUUAAUGAAGAAAUUAUAUGACUUCCAUUAUGACAGCGGAACUAUAGAAGGGCAAGUACAGAGUUGUAAAACUAUCUGCCAUCAGACAUAUACCCAGUACUUGAAGAAAGUUGAUGCAGCAUAUAAUGCUCUGGGUGCACUCUGUACGUUAUAUCCUGAUAAAUAUUGCAAAGGUUUCUGGAAUGAAAAUAAUACGCUAAUUCAAAUGAAACUAUCAACAUUGCAAUCUACAUUAACAUCUAAGCCAAAAGCUACAGAAGAAGAACAUGAGUCAUGCUCUUCCGUGAAUGCGGAAUUACUGAAUUCGCAAACAUCAAAAUUGUUGCAAGAAAAAGACAAGGCUGUUCGCAAUGCCACCAUCACCUCUUCCAUCACCUCCAUCUUUGGCACACUUGGAAUGACAGUCGCUCCCUUCUUAUUAUAUAAGUAUAAACCAUGGUCUUCUUGGUUUGGUAACCACACUUCUGGAGGAGGAAGAAGAGCAAGAAAUAAAAGGUUCACAAGGAAUGAAUUUGAUGUACUCACAGAAGACACCUCAACGUACGAUUCAGCAACUGAAGGUUCCACAAUAGGUGAUUUAUCAGGAGGAAAUUCUACGGUACGCUCUUCGACAUACAACACAAGACAAUCCAGAGGAAGAAUAAAUAAUGGACCGAGUCACAGGAACAAUGUAGGCUACAGUCGCAUGAAGGAAGGGACGAACAUAAAUAACAGCACAGAGUUCAUACAA